CCGUGAAGAUGACACAACGUUGGUCAAUGAUAGAACAUUAUCGAUGGCAAGUUAAUAGCUACCUAGUUGAAUUUUUUUAAAGUUUAAACAUUGUAGUGCAUAGAGUUCUUUUUACAGCUUAUAUUUUUAUAGUUCAUUAGACGCAAUUAAUAAAUUAAUAUAAUUAACAUUUAUGGGUGUUCUUUAAAUAAAAUUAUUAUUAUUAUUUUCAAAAUUACCUAUCCUACAAUAAAAAUGGAAUUUAUGACGUGGUUUGAAAUCCUUGAUGGGCAAAUUGACCCAGACUGGAGAACUAAAGAUUGGCCUAUGAUGUCGACAACGGCAAUCCCUGUAUUGUUAGCUGUAAUAUAUAUUAUUUUUGUCAAAUUUGUUGGUCCAAACUAUAUGGCAAAUAAAAAGCCUUAUACGCUUCGAAAAGUUUUGGCAAUCUACAACACGGCACAAAUAUUGGCUUGUAUAUAUCUGACUGUGGAGUAUUUCAAAACAAAACCAAAAAUGGGGUGUGAUCCUUUAGACGUGUCUGAUGAUCCAACAGCAUUAUACGCAGCAAAACUAGUAUGGUGGACGACAAUUUUAAAAUUAUCUGAAUUCAUUGAGACUAUUUUCUUUGUACUCCGGAAAAAACAAAAUCAAGUUUCUGCACUUCACAUAUACCACCAUAUAACAACUUUUUUUUUAAUAUGGAUCGCCUCAAGAAUUAACCCAGGUGGUAUUGUACGGAUACCUGUUAUAUUAAACAAUAUGGUUCACAUGGUUAUGUAUUCAUAUUACUUAUUAUCAUCUAUGGGUCCAGGAAUACAAAACAAAAUUAACAGUUACAAAAAGUAUAUUACAAUCAUACAAAUGGUACAAUUUUGUAUUUUGAUCGUUAACUCGAUAUUUUAUUUGACUCCUAGCUGCCAAGUACCAAAUAUUUAUGGAUUGAUUUUUAUACCUAAUGUUUUUAUUGUAUUUUAUAUGUUUUAUGACUUUUAUAGAAAAUCAUAUAUGAAAAAAAAACCUUUAGCUCAACUUUUUUGGUGGACAUACAUGUUGAAAUUGGUUGAAUUUGCUGAGACUGCAUUUUUCAUACUACGUAAAAAGAUAAAACAAGUUUCUGGACUUCAUGUUUAUCAUCAUGCAUCUACAUUUCUUUUAGCAUGGGCAGCUGUUAAAUUCUUCCCAGGUGGUAUGGCUUCGUUUCCAAUUUUAGUGAACUCAGUAGUACAUAUUGUUAUGUACGGUUACUAUCAACUUUCAUCUAUGGGACCACAAUAUCACAAAUUUACUUUAAAAUACAAAAAAUAUGUGACUAUUAUUCARCUGAUUCAGUUUGGAAUACUUGUAGUACAUACACUACAAGCCUUAUCAUCAAGUUGUUCUAUGCCUAAUGCAUACGUAUAUGGAAUGCUACCAGACAUCAUUGUAUUGUUUUAUUUAUUUUACAAAUUUUACAGAAGUACAUACACAAUAAAAAUAAAAAACUCAAUAAAAAAUGCCGAGCUUAAAUCAGAAGAAAAAAUUAAAUAA